UCUAAAUCAAUGAAUACACGCGGACCUAGCACAUUAUUUCAGGCCUUCAGGGCGCCUCCUGGAGUUGAGCUUUCCAUUAUUUCAAUUGCAGUGAUGGAGAACGAUGGUCGGUGACUGAUGCUACUGCUGCUAAUUAACAUUGGAGAAGUUUGAGGUAGAAUCCUAAUGUCCAGGUUUAGAGCAGUUUGGCAAGCUUCUUUGAAUGCAACAAAGAAAGCCCUCACAUGGAAUCUUGAAGAGUUGAUGCCUCCAAGUGAGAGGCUCAUUUUCAAUUUCAAUUCAAAGGAAGAGCUAAAAAAAUGCCAUCUAUAUUCAGAUUCUGAGUAUGGAGGUUUGUCGUCAGCUUCCUUGGAGAUCACAGAUGCUGGAAAUGGACUAAAGGGGGUUUUCUCUGGGAAUCUAUCAUUGGAGGUAUCUGAGGGCUCAAAGUGGAAUAUAACUCGAAGUGGUUUCUGUGGCAUGCGAUCCAAGAAGUUUGAUGGUUUUAUUGAUUUAGACGCAUAUGAUACAAUAGCUCUAAAGCUUAAAGGUGACGGAAGAUGCUACAUAUCUACUAUUUAUACAGAGAAUUGGGUAAAUUCACCAGGUCAACUGGAAGAUAAUUCAUGGCAAUCUUUUGUUUUUGUACCCGAAGACAACUGGUAUAUUGCAAAGAUUCCUCUUUCUCGAUAUUUGCCAACAUGGAGAGGAAAUGUGAUAGAUGCAAAGCUGGAAAUGAAUCAAUCUCGCAUUCUUGGCAUGUCCCUAUCUGUUAAUGCGGAAGGUGGUAUCCCAGGUACUAGAUCAGGACCAGGUGAUUUCAGAGUUGAAAUUGAUUGGAUCAAAGCCUUAAGAACACGCUAAUUUACAGCUUAAACGCUUUAAUUUGAGCUUCAGUCUGUCAAAAAAGUACAAGCUAUAUACAUGGAAAGGUCAAAAACCAAAGAAGAGAGAAAAGGAAAGCAGGAGCAAGUGCUGGGCGUUGUCUGUCAGCUGACGUUAUUGCUUUUGUUGUUGCUUAGUUAAAUCCUACUUGGAUGGAUUUGAUUUUUAAUGGUUUGUCACUAGGUGAGAAUUGGGGCCACUAGAACAAAUAGAGGGGACCCACGAACUUCUUGGUUUGGAAAAUUGAUGGCUGACGUGGACAAAUAGUUUCCAAACAGACACUUUAUCUAUCUCAAUCAUUUCUCUCUCUCUCACAUGGACAUACUUGUUGAAGUUGAGCUACUGGCCUGCAAUUGCUGACCAGAUGACCCCAAAAUCACUCGCGGAGAAUCUCCAGGCUCUUCAGGCUCUUGCUAUCUUAUAUUUGCUGCUGCCCUGAUUUAUAAUGCCACCGCCCUUUAUCUUUCUUUGCUUAAAACCACUUGUGGUUCACUGUGUCCAAUAUUCUUCAUCGUAAUAAUCAUCAAAUUUGGAUAUUAGUAUCA